AUAAAAGCGCUGUGUGUCGGCUGUGAGCUGCAGAGCGGUAGUGUUUGGGUUGUAUUGUCACAGUGUGGUUUUUACCUGUAGAAAGUCGCUCUACAGUCUUCACCGAUACCAAGUUUGCUGUGAGUCUCCGGAUGGUGAAUAUAUCUGCGGAGUUUCUGCUGAACAGUGAUUGUUUCGGUUGUCAAAUAGGACGUAAACAUCCGCUUUUCCUCGAAGCUAUCAUGUUGAACACCGAGGAAAGUUCCUGGUUAGCGGGGUCUCUGAUGCCCUGCUCCAUCCCUCAGGCUCCGGGGCCUCUGUGGUGCUCCGAUGCCCCUCACCCACAGCUGAAGAUCCCGGGUGGGCGAGGGACUGUCAGGGAUCACUCCCUCAGCAUACUGCUGCACAAGGAUGAAAAGCUAACUGUGACGCAGGCUUCUCCCUCGAAUGGGAGCCCCUCUCCUCUCCGCUUCCACUACCAGUUGAGUGAGCGCCGCUCAGCCUUCUGGGAUACGGCUCUAUCGGAAGACUGCCUCUUCCUGGAGAUUCCUGCUGGGCCUCUGGUAGAGGGCAGCAAGGAGGGGCUGACUGCUCUGCUCGAGUUUGCAGAAGAGAAGCUCAAAGUUAACGACAUCUUCCUGUGGUUCCAUAAAAGCAGAGAGGAUCGAAUGUCCAUCAUCAAGACGUUCCACUACAUGGGCUUCGAGAUGGUGAAGCCGGGUCACCCCAUGGUACCUGCCCGGCCUGAUUUGGCCUUCAUGGUGUACUCUCUGGAAAACAGCAGCAGCUCUGAUGAGGAGUGACUCUGACACCUCCCUUUCCCACCCUCACCCCCCCCCCUUCCUUUCCACCAGUUUUAUUUCCCCCUUCAAGCAGUUGAACCUGCCUCAACUUUCCCUUUGACACAAACUUCUCCUCCCCCUCCAUAACUGCCUACAAGGUGUCACUUUUAUUUUUUUUGUUUUUUGUUUUUUUGUUUUUUCUUAGCCUUGCGUUUUAAGGGGGUGUUUUUUGAGUAGUAGGAUCUCAGAGCAGACACUACUGCUUCACCUUUCUCUUCUCCCCCUUCUGUGAAGAUAACUGCAUUGUGGCGAAGCUGCAUAGCUUGAACUAAGUUGUCACAUGUGAUGUGGGGAUUUUUUUUUUUUUUUUUUUUUUUCCCCUCCUCCUUCCUCUCUUGGCCACAUUGUUUAUGCUGCGGGUAACAGGACAAACUGCUGGACAUCCACGAGGAUCUUCAAAUUCAACAUAUCUCUCCUGGCAGCAUAACUUUUCAGAAAGGAGACUUUAGUUUGUCUUUGUGUGCUGUUUAUCUUACAAGCUGUGCUGAUGGAAGUUUAAAAGAGAUGGGAAGUCUGGAGUGUGGUAUGAUUUUUACUUUAUAAUAUAGAUCUGUUCCAUUUAACAUUAAACACAUGUAGACAUUAUUUAAUCUUCAAAUGUGUCGGCAUCAUUCCAGCACAUCACUGACUCUGUGCCCCCCCCCCCCCCCCCCCCCCCCCCCC